AUGUACAAGUACGUUCUUCAGGAAAAAUCACCCUUUUGCAAGGUGCUGAGGGACGUACUCAACAUGUUUGGGGUUCCUGCCGAGAAUGUAAACUCUGGAGGUGAGUGUUUCGCUGUUGUAACGGGACCAAAGACACAUAGUGGACUUGUGCCACUUGUUUCCGCGUUGCGGAAGACGGCAGUGGAUGCUAAAUUAAAGGAAUUUGUUGGUGCAGCCCCGGAUGUGGCUCCAUUGGUGAAUCAGUGGUUGCUCUGGGCGUCGCUGCUCGUCUCGAAUGAACCUACACAAACUUUCAAGGACUCCGGCUGCACGAGUUUCAUGGGACACUUGUUGCUGCAAGUGGAGAAAUGCAUUGACCUCAGUGAUGGGAAAAAGGGUUUCUUAACUGGAGGAACAUUUCCCACAAUCGCGGACCUGCUCUUAUACGUGGCCGUACACAAUCAUCCCUUGUGGACACCUGAGGCAUACCCGUGCGUGAAAGCUUGGGCACUCCACACUCGAAGCAACGAGAGAGUUGCUCCGCUCAUUCCAAAUUUGGAGGGUGAUGCAUUUUCUCAAUUUAAUCCAGUUGCAACCGGUGGUAAAGCUGGUGCCACUGGCGGAGGAAAGGCUAAGGGUGACAAACCUGUAUUCGCCAAACCCUCUGAUGAGGAAAUACUGCGCCGAAAGCAGGAGAAGGAGAAGGCGAAGUUGGCCAAAGCUGCAAAUGCCGCUGCCUCCGCUGCUUCUGCUACUACUGCAAAAGAUGGUAUAUCUUCGCCAGAGAAAAAGAAGGAAGUAGUGCCAUUGAAUCCCAAUCAGUUGGAUUUGCGUGUGGGCCGCUUUCUCAACGUUAGAAGGCACCCCAAUUCCGAUCGGCUUUUCGUUGAGGACAUGGACAUUGGUACAGAAACACGCACUGUGGUUAGUGGUCUCGUAGACUACUACAAGGCUGAAGAGGUGGAGGGAACGCUGUGCAUUACUGUAUGCAACCUGAAACCCAGAUCCCUUAGGGACAUCAAUUCACACGGUAUGAUCCUUUGUGCUUCCAAUGAAACUAGCCUGCGGAUCGUACAGCCACCUGAGGGUGCAAAACCUGGGGACCGUAUUCUUUUUGGCGAGGCUUACAACAAAGAAGCGCUACUUGAAACAAAGCAACUUUCAGGCAAUGCUGCAACGGGUCUUCUCGGUCCUCUUCGCGUGGAUGAUCAGAGCAUCGUGCGUUGGGGUGAUAUUCCCGCGCAGCACCCCCUCGGUGUCCUAACUGUUCCGGGAAUAACAAAUGCUAUUGUAAAGUGA